UUAUUGACGCUAUCUGGGAAACAACAACAUUGGAAAUCUUGUAUCGCUGACAUGAUAAGUGUGAACGUUGGAGGGCGCAGGUACAAGGUCCACCAAAGCCAUUUAAUGAGGUAUCCUGAUACUCUGCUAGCAAAGACAAAUUACAUCAAGCACUUUUAUGACUCAACAAAAGACGAGUUUUUCUUUGACAGAGAUCCUGACAUGUUCAGAUAUGUAAGUCGUUUUUACCUGACAGGAAAAAUCCACUGUCCUUAUGAAUACGACAUGGAAUGCUGGGAAUUAUAUCGUGAAGAAAUGGAGUUUUUUGGAAUUCCUUUAGAAAACUUUACUGGUGUUUGCUGUUUAGAUGAUUAUCUUGACAAAACCUGUCGACAGGAAGACGAUGAUUUCCAGGCACCAGACCAGAAUGACGUUCACGACAUAGAACUGGAUGACGCGAACACGAUUAGAGGAAGGAUUCGCCGAGGGUUAGAAGACCCCAUGUCAUCGUAUGGAGCAAGAAUUUUUCACGUCUUUAUUGGUAUUGUUAUCGCUGUGAAUGUAUGUGCCAAUGCAAUAGAAACUAUCCAUUGUCAAGCUGACAAGAUACUUGGUGAAUGCUAUCCUACAUUGUUCUUUGUGAUCAAUUCCUUAUGUGUUCCUAUUUUCACUGCCGAAUAUAUACUGGGGGUCCUCGUUUCGUCAUCACCAUGCCAACAUGUACGUCAACCAUUUAAUGUCAUCGAUUUGUUGGCCAUAGUUCCUUUUUAUGUUAACAUCAUCGUUGAGCAGUUGUACCAAGGAAAGAAUCAAGAUCUGCAAUCCUUUUCUGUUCUUCGGGUCUUCAGAAUAUUCCGUGUUCUCAAAUUCGCACGAUACAGUCAGAAAUUAACUGAACUUUUCCAUUCAAUAAAGAAAUCGUCUCACGAGCUGUCCGUUUUGCUGUGUAGCUAUUCUCUUACAGUUGUGCUGUUCUCUAGUGUUUUGUAUUACAUGGAAAGAACUGAUCCAAGCACGCCAUUUGUGAGCAUUCCUGGGGCCAUUUGGUACACUAUUGUUUCAACUACAACGUUAGGGUAUGGUGACAUCGUUCCUGUAACGUUGAUCGGUAAAAUGAUUGGUGGAAUGUGUUGUAUCAUCGGUGCUUUAGUUAUCUCAUUCCCGGUCCCUGUCAUACACGCCAAGGCUAAAGGGUUGACAAAAGCAAGCAAAAAAGAAGGAAUGCUGCUAUAGCAUCAAGAAGUCACCGCUGAUGUUACAAAUCGUUCACUUGAGUGGUACAGGUCGUACAGCCGUUUUCUGACUGUUAUCAAAGAGUGCAGUGCGUCAAACUGACAUGACAAACGAGUAAAACACGUCCAUAUUUUACGAACAGUCACAUUAAACUAACAGUGAUGUUUUUUUUUUCUAGUUUGUACAUAAGUUUUUCAAGUGUAAUUAAUAAUGUUGAUGAGGUUUUUUUUCUUUACUCGUCCAAGGUGGUUUUAUUUAGUCGCCACCCCUCGUUUCGUUGUUGUACAUAUUCUGCAUACUGAACAAAUCCAACUUCAGUUUAUCGGUAGCAAAAGAUUUAAAAUAAAAGCCGGCUUGCGGCGACGCUCUACCCACAAAACUAAUUGUAAUCAAGGGGAAAUAUUUUAAAGCCAAAUUUUCCUGGGUAGUUUGUAUCAACAAGACAUCAUGAACGGUUGUGAUAAUAUUUCUAUAAAAAGUCAAGUGUAUAGUAAUAUUCUGACAUAGUUUAUUAUCGUGCAGCUGGCGAAACUGUAGUCCUGAUGAUGAGUGAAAUGUGAGAAAAUAGAAUGUCAUGAAACUAC